CCCGAAGCAAAAAGAAAAAAAAAAGUUAUUUAGUGAAGAAGGGAUCGACAUUUGCUUCUUUUUUUUAUAUAUCUUUUUUUUAACUUAACUAAAAAAACACUUAUACAUACCAACAUGCAACGAGACGUGUUUAAAAAAACUUUUACAUUAAGUCAUGAACGGUUUGUACUUGAAGUCGAUCCAAGUCAACGCUUCAUAAAGGGUUUGGCAGAACUGACCAUUCAACCUUUAAACAAUAAGUUAACAAACAUACGAAUCAAUUGUCGACAAUGCAAAAUCGAAAAAGCCUUUGUCAAUGACAUUGCUGUGGAAUUUGAUCAUGUCGAUGCCGUAGCCGAUCUUACAUUAGGUGCAAAUACUACCAUUGCCCAUCAUCAAGUUUACAAAAGCAGAUAUUUAAACGCUCUGAGAGAUGCCGAUGAAGGCGAAUUAAAUAUCAAACUACCUCCCGAUUGUAUUAAAAAGAUAUCCGAAGGCGAGGCAUCCCAAUUAAUCAAUAAUACAUCAACAUUCACACAACCAAAAGAAUCACAGGAUGACCCUGAUAAACGAGCAUCAUCGACCACAGCAACAACGCCAGCAGCAACAACAGCAGCAGCAGCGACAACAACAACUGACCCAGCAGAACCCGUUGAACCAAUUUAUUCUUCCUUGGUAAUUCGCAUUGAAUAUACACUGGAAGAACCACGCAACGGUGUUGUAUUUGUACAAAAAGACGAAGAGAUUGCUCCCUACCGAUCCAAUCAUGUAUAUACUGUCAACCAACCAUUACCAGGAGCAACACGAUCAUGGUUACCAUGCAUUGACAACAUAGCAGAUCGAUGUACAUGGGAUAUGGAAUUUAUUGUGCCACGUAAAGACGAGGGUGCUAUUGUACCCGAAUACGACGGAGAAGGAUCCUUUGACGAAGUGGAUGGUAUGGUGGUUGUAUGUAGUGGUGAAGUGUUAGAGCAAGUGAUCCAUCCCACAGAUGCUGGUAAAAAAAUUGUUCAUUAUCGCUUAUCAGAACCUACACCUGCUCCAUUUAUUGGAUUCGCUAUUGGUCCUUUUAAAAUGAUCAAGUUAUCACCUUCACAAUUACAAGAAGAAGUUAUGACAGCGGCAGAUUUAGACGAGAAUCAACAACAGAGUUUAAUGGCAGAAAUCAACAUGAUGUCCAAUAUUUAUGCAUUUGCUCUACCUGGAUCAGAAGAGGAAUUAAGCGUCAGCUGUAGUUUUCUGAUGCACGCCAUGCAUUUCUAUACACAGGAGUAUGGUUCUUACCCAUUUUCGGAUUACAAACUCGUUUUUGUCGAGGAUGCUUGGUCCGAUACGGCUUCCAGCGCUUCUUUAACCAUCUGUAGUUCACGUCUGCUACAUCCAGAGGAUAUCAUUGAUCAAGUAUACAGCACACGAAGAGAACUAAGUCAAGCGUUGGCUAGACAAUGGUUCGGUAUCUAUAUCGUCCAAAAGUCUUGGCCUGAUACAUGGCUUGUACGUGGAUUGGCCAAUUUAAUGGGUUCAUUGUUUAUCAAGAGACAUUUGGGUAACAACGAAUAUCGUCUACGACUGAAAAAGGACAUGGAAUUGUGUUGUAUGUUGGAUAUCAAUCGACCCCCGGUGUACAAUCAAACAUUACCGUAUCCAUUGGAUCCCGAAGAUCUUGAUUUUAUUGAACUCAAGGCACCACUUGUGAUUUAUAUGCUGGAUAAGAGAAUGUGUAAAGGAGGAGGCACGUUAGGACUCUCCCGGGUCUUGCCUAAAAUUUUGGUGUCAGCCAUGAGUGGAGAACUAGCACAAAAUGCCAUCAGCACACAUUAUUUCUUAAGGCUUUGUCGAAAAGUGAGCGGAUUUGACACCAAAUUAUUUGCGGAACAAUGGAUCUAUAAAUCAGGCUGUCCCAAGUUCUCGUUCAAGUUUCAUUUCAACCGUAAAAAGAUGGUGGUCGAGAUUCAUAUGAGUCAAGAAAAUACAAAUACGUCGCUGUAUACAGGUCAUGAACAUAUGGGAAUGAUGGAUGGUGGAGGAGCGGUCAAUUACCAAGAACUCAUGUCACCUAUAUUUACGGGUAAUUUAACUGUACGUAUUCACGAGGCGGACGGUACGCCUUAUGAACAUAUUCUCGAUAUUCAGUCCCCACAACAUAAAUUCGAAGUCCAAUUCAACACCAAAUACAAACGUAUUCGUCGAAACACCAAGCGUUUCUUGGCUAAACAAGCAGCUGCAGCUGCAGCUGUGGCAGAGGAGGAACAGGAAAACGAGGAAGGUACAGAAGGAAAUAUGGUGUUGGGUAUCAUUCCUAGUUUAGGUCUGGGUAUGCCCAUCUUUGAGGACCCUACACAAAAAAAGGAAUGGAGAAUUGUCGAAUGGGGACAGGAUGAAGAGGAUACGAGUGGUGCGGCUAGUGCCAUGUUUGAUUGGAUCCGAUUAGACGCCGAAUUUGAAUGGCUCUGUAUUUGUGAUUUUAAGCAACCUGAUUACAUGUGGGCAGCUCAGUUAACAAAAGAUCGAGAUGUGGUAGCACAACACGAGGCUAUUGAUGCUUUGAAACAUAUGCCUUCAUUACCUACUUCCACUAGUUUUUUGCGUGCAGUACUAGAUCCUAAAUGUUUCUACAAGAUCCGUAUGGAAGCAGCUUAUGGCCUUGCAUCAUGCGCUGUUCCCAGUUUAAAUUGGGUGGGUUUACAUCAACUCAACAAAAUGUUUCAUAAACGCUAUUGUUUCCCCGUUAGUAGUUUUGCUCAAUCAGCCAUGGAGGAUGAAGAACUCCCAAUGACAAAUUCGAUCCCCAAACCCAACAAUUUCUCAAGUUUACCCGAUUAUUUUAUUCAAAAGGCGUCUGUCGUGGCUUUCUCUCAAGUGCGCGAUGACCGUGGUUUAACACCUGUUCGCAUUCGACAGUUCUUACUGGAUUUGUUGAAAUACAAUGAUAAUAUCGGCAACGAAUUUUCGGAUUGUUACUAUGUGGCUACCUUGGUUUCGUCGUUAGGCGAUUCUUUGAUUCCAGCCCGAGAAGAUGCGGUGGAUGAUUUUGAGGGAGAUCAUGUGAAUGCUGCAGCCAAAGCAGAAAUCGAACGUUUCCGUACAUUGGAUUAUGUGAUUCCAACUUACCAUAACAUCAUCACUGUCACUUGCUUAAGAACCAUGACAAAAUUGAUGCUCAAGAAACUGUUACCGGUGAAUAUUUCCAUGUUUAUGCAAUACACCCGGUACGGUAACUAUCUCGAGAUCAGGUUGACGGCUUUUGAUAGUCUGUUUAUUUUGUGUGGGUUGUCGGAUCAUACGUUAAACGCGUAUUUGCUCAAGGUGAUCAAAGAAGAUCCGUGUGUCUUUGUGUCGCAUUAUGUUGCUCGCGCCAUGCUGGCAUGGUUAGGUUUAGCGAUGAAGGAAAAUUCAGAUACACCUGCUCAUACAACACGGUACAUUGAAGAGUUUGCCGAAGAAGAAGGACGUGUAGUGAUUGACGACGAUCGAAUGCCCAUGAAAAAGACAGCCCAGCAAGAAUUUCAAUCAAGUAUUGAGAAUUUAAGGAAGCGGUUUGAAAAUGAUACAGAACUCCAACAGGAUUUAUGGAAUCUCUUGAAUUCGGCUGAAAACCAAAAGUUGGAUCAUUGUAUUCGCAAGUAUCUACUUCAGUUCUGCGAGUAUACCUUUAAACCAAUUGAUGUGGGACUCAAAGUUACAAUUCGUGUUCCUACUGUCGCUCCUCCUACUCCCACAAGUGAAGAGACGUCAGAGCCUACUACACCUACAAGUGCUCCCAUAAUUCGUUUCAACAAACCUAAACAUCGUCCUGAAGAGAAACCUGUGAAACAUCAUAAAAAGACUAACAGCAUCACAAUCAAGACAGAAUCUUUACCUCAAGCUAUACCUUCUUCUACAACAUCAGCAGAUGCUGCAUCGGCAUCACCUUCUCCAAUCACCACAACACCGAUUGAAAAUAGGACGAUUUCUGAAGAUGUUCGAAAUCAUACUGUGGUAGAAACUCCCAAACGACCUCCAUCUGCAGCGCCAUCAGCCCCAGAGCCUGUCUUGCCACCACCAAAGGCACCCACGGCGGUUGUUACAGCACCAACUGCACCGGUUGUAAGACAGACUUCUGUGGAAAGCACUUCGUCUUUACACAAACCUAAACACAAGAAAGUGGAUAGCCAUACAGCAGAGGAGUUGAAGAAAUGUCGUAGAGUGAUUAAUAAAUUAAACAAGCAACACUGUGCAUUACCAUUUACACAACCUGUGGAUGAAGUCUUGGAUGGUGCGAUUGGAUAUUACAACCUUAUUAAGAAACCUAUGGAUCUCAGUAUGAUUAAGCGAAGAGUCGAAAACAAGGAAUACACUUCGUUCAGUCAAUUUGAAUCGGAUAUUCGUCUAAUGCUUAAAAAUUGUUACCUGUUCAACGGACCUGGUACAUUUGUGUACAAUGAAGGACAAGAAUUAGAAGCUGUUUUUGAAAAGGAGUUGGAGAACAUGCGUGGUAAGGAACAUGCGGAAGAAACACAAAAUAUGACGAUUGUUGAAAGUCCUGCUACCACACCACGAGCAGUUCAUGCCACACUUCCUGCCGCUACCUCUGUUGUGAUUAAACCGCCUAAACCAGUGAAAACCAAGUCAUUCAGUAUGACCCAUUCCUCUACACCACCGGCUUCGCCAUCUAUUCAUACUUCGCCUCGCAACGAUAUGCCUGCAGAACGAAAAAAAUCAAUGACACCUGCUGAUAAGCAAAGACCUCAAAAGAGCUUGUCUGAAAAAGAAAAGAUGCGCCAUAUCCUGGCUGCUACUUUAGCUAAUCCUCAUGCCUUUGAAUUCUUACGUCCUGUCGAUCCUGUGAAGCAAGGUAUUCCUCAAUACACCAAAAUCAUCAAGUUCCCCAUGGAUCUGGGAAAGAUCAAGAGUCGAUUUGAUCGUGAUCAAUACCCUAAUGCAGAGGCUAUGGACAGUGAUAUGAAAUUAAUGUUCAACAACUGUUAUACCUUUAAUCCUCCUAAUACCUACGUUCACAACGAGUCUAAAAUGUUGGAAGAAGCGUACGAAAAAGAAUGGAGAACUUAUUUCGGAAAGCGCGUGUCACCAGAAAAUCACAAGAGACCUAUUCCUACUGUAGACGGUUCGGUGCAACCACCUACCAUCAAAAUCAGAGCAGUGGAAAGACCCGUUGACAGGCCCGUUGAAAGACCCGUUGAAAGACCCGUGGAGAGAUCUGCUGAAAGGUCUGCUGAAAGAGCUGCUGAAAGAGCUGCUGAAAGGGCUGCUGAAAAAGCUGCUGAAAGGGCUGCUGAAAGAGCUGCCGACAGAGCUGCUGAAAGAGCUGCCGAAAGAUCCGCCGAAAGAUCUGCCGAGAGAGCCGCUGAAAGGGCUGCGGAAAGAGCCGCUGAAAGAGCCAUGGAAAGAGCUGCAGAAAGGGCUGCUGAUAGAGCUAUCGAACGUUCGAUGGAUAGAUCUGCUGACCGAUAUGUUGAACGAUCGGUGGAUAGACCUACUGAACGACCUGUAGAUAGACAUAUGGAACGACCUGUAGAUAGAUCGAUAGAUCGACCUGUAGAUAAAUACGUGGAUAGAUCGAGUAUGUCCUCUUCGCCUAGCUCAUCUAAACCUCCCAAAGCCCCCAAGAUUCAUUCGCAUGUGUCUACCAACGGUGGGUCUCAUAAGCAUGGCAGUCCCGUGGCUGCUUCGCCUUCACCUGCUGCACCCUCUCCUGUACCUGAAAAGAGCAAGUCUAAGCCUACACCACCUCCCAUGAAUCCUACCAUGAACGAUGUGAACAAGCUUAAGUGUAACCGAGUAUUGAAAAAGCUUUGGGGAUUACAAGAAUCUGAACCCUUCCGUACACCCGUAGAUGCGGUUUCGUUAGGCAUCCCACAAUACUACCAAGUCAUUAAGCGCCCGAUGGAUUUAUCAGCGAUUCAAAAGAAAUACGACAAUAACCAAUACAACACCGUGUGGGAUUUGGAACGCGAUAUUCGACAGAUCUUUUGGAAUUGUUAUGGAUUCAACGAUCAUGAAUCGUGGGUAGCAAAGCAAUGUCAGGCCAUGGAAAAGUUCUUUAACCAAGUUUGGUCUGCUGAAUUUGCGAUCCCUAAUGCUCUCAAGGGUGAAGAUAAACGUAUUGCAAGUAAAGUAGUGAACAAACUGACUUUACAUGACGCUGCUGCUUUAUUCAAUGAACCUGUGGAUACCGAAUCAUUACCCGAUUAUACCAAAGUCGUAAGACACCCCAUGGAUCUCCGUACAAUUUGGGAAAAAUUGGAGAGUGGUAAAUACUCAAGCUUGAAAGCUGUGGACCAUGAUAUUCGUACUGUUUUCAAGAAUUGCUUUGCCUACAACUUGAAUAAUUCGUAUGCUACAGAUGAAGGUAAAAAAUUGGAAAAGUAUUAUAAUAAUAUCGGUAAGGAGUUACGUGCUCGCAUCAAUAGCUCACCUGCACCUGCCCCUAUGGUGUCAAAGAAGCGACGUCUCUCGGGUUCUCCAGGUCCUGCUAAAUUAAGUAGUUCUGUGAGUAUGGAAGAUCCAUUACCACCAGCCAAGAUUGCCAAGGUGACGAAUCAUGGUAUCAAAUCGCCCAAUCCUGUACCAAGAUCUCCUUCAGUGGGUCAGCCAUCCAGUGCUAUACCUAAACAACCGUCAAGUUCGCCUGCUCCUAAAGUUUCUCCUGUCACAUUAAAACCACCCAUGCCCUCCCCUACAAAGUCAAUGGGUAGCCCAGCUCCCAAAGCAUCCGUUCAUGUGUCUAGCAAACCUUUAGCCAAUUCACCGACCAAACCUUUAGUGAACCAAAGCCCCAAACCCGAUACAUCGAUCAAGCUUUCGUCACCACAUACCAAAGUGUCUACACCUACAUCCUCCUCAUCAGCGGGACCUUCCGUCAAUAAAUCCCCCGUGCAUGAUACACCUCAAAAAUUACACCCUGCCAUGUAUGCUAAACUUGAAUCUUUCCUCACAAAGAUGAAAUCGCAUCGAUGUGCAUUUGGUUUCACCGAACCUGUGGAUCCUAUUGCUUUAAAUAUUCCUCAUUAUCCAAUGAUGAUUAAGAAGCCAAUGGAUUUCGGUACAAUGGAAAAGAAGCUGAAGGCUGGAGAAUAUAAAUCUGUGCGAGACUUUGAAAGUGAUAUGCGACUGAUUUUCACGAAUUGUUACAUGUUUAACGGAUUUGAUCAUGUUAUAUCUCAAAAUGCCAAGGUACUUGAAGGUAUUCUCAAUAAAGAAGGACCUAUUUUGAGUAAGAAGGAAGAGUUCUUAAAGUCGGGAGGCAGCUCAUCCUCGUCUUCAUCGUCAAAGCACUUACCAGGCGGUAAAUCAAGUUCAUCCAGCACGAAACUAUCCAAAGAGAUCUCGCCCGCUAAAGCCGAAUUACGCAAAUAUAAAUCUGUACUUGACAAGUUGACAAAUCACCCAAGCUAUUAUGCGUUUGGUGUGCCUGUGGAUCCAGUCUUAUUACAGAUUCCUACAUACUUUGAUAUUGUCAAGAAGCCUAUGGAUUUCGGAACGAUUCGUAAGAAGUUGGAAAGUAACAAGUAUGCAAACGCGGACCAACUAUUAAAAGAUGCCAAACAAGUCUUCAUCAAUUGUUACUUGUUUAAUAUACCAGAUGACAUUGUAUCGAAAAUGGGCCGUGAUUUACAGACAGAAUUCAAUCGAUUAUGUACAGCUCGUGGACUUCGUACCAUUAAUGUAGAUACAGAUGGAGUGGAUGCAGACGUUGAUGCAAUGUAAAUUAUUCCAAAAAAAAUAAAAUUUUAAACACCCCAUUGGUGACAUCAC